AUGGUAAAAUUCUAUGUCUUUACUGGAUCAUCAAUUUUUAAUUUUAAGGAACAUCCUCGUCGCCUUAUUCCUGAACUAUGUAAACAGUUUUAUGAUUUAGGAUGGGUUACUGGAACGGGAGGUGGCAUUUCCAUUAAACUAGACGACGAAAUCUAUAUAGCACCGUCGGGAGUUCAAAAAGAAAGAAUUCAAAUUGAUGAUUUAUUCAUUCAAAAUAUUGAGGGCGAUGAUUUAGUCAUUCCACCCGAAUACAAGAAGCUCAAGAAAAGUCAAUGUACACCAUUAUUCAUGGUUGCUUACAAAGAAAGAAAUGCUGGGUCUGUUAUUCAUACACAUUCUCCCAAUGCUGUUAUGGCCACACUUCUUUGGCCUGGAAAGGUGUUUAGAAUAACUUACCAGGAAAUGAUUAAGGGAAUAUUCGACUACGAGUUGGGCCGUUACUUGCGUUAUGACGAAGAGCUUGUCGUUCCAAUAAUCGACAAUACUCCCUUUGAGAAGGAUCUUGAGGAAAGUUUAAAGAAAGCAAUUGAAGAAUAUCCAGGUACGUCUGCUGUUCUCGUUCGCCGUCAUGGGCUUUAUGUUUGGGGAAAGUCUUGGCAGGCUGCAAAAACUCAAUGUGAAUGUUAUGAUUAUUUAUUCAAUAUUGCUGUUGAAAUGAAAAAGUGCGGCUUGAAUCCAGAAUCAGUUCCACAAAGUAACAAAAAUACCAAAAAGUAG